AUGGGAGGCGGUCCAAAGAUCCCGUACCCGAAGGAAGUCUGGUCUCCAGCUGGAGGCUGGUACGCACAGCCAGGCAACUGGAAGGCCAACACAGCCAUCAUGUUCGCGACCAUUUUCGGAAUUGCUGCAGCUACCUGGAGCCUCAGUGCGGAGCGCGAGCACCGUGACCGCAUGCCAGAGCCGGGCAGAUUCUUUCCCAGCCGAAACUGGAGCAAGCAAAUCAUCGAACACGAAAAACAACAGAACGCCGCGAAGAACGAGUCAUAA